ACCGCCUCCAUCUCUCACUCUCUUUAGCAAUUUUUAUGCACUCCACACUCUCCCAGCCAAUAUCUCACGCGCACAGUUUUUUUUUUUUUUAUUCUUUGGUCGGGUUUUUGCUUGAAAAACUCAGAGGAUCUUGCCUCACUCUCAUUUCAAACCGUCGGCAAAGUUUCACACAUCUCAGGUGACAGGUGAAGUGCAAGAUCCAAACAUUACCCCAAACACCACCUCAAGCUUGAGUUUGUUGAAGAAGACAAUAAAUUUGAUGUAAGGGAUCAUCACCAAAAGAGAAGGAAGAUAAGACUAUUGAAAGUGCUUACUAUUUACGAAUCAAUGGAAUUGCCACUCACCAUAUCGAAAGUAGGAGCAGAAGGAGCCUCUGUUGAUUCUUCCAGAAAGGAAGAUUCUUUUGUCGUCCUCGGCCAUAGCUCUAGCCAGAAAAACAGAAGCAGUAGUGCUAAUACUUGUUACUACGAAGGAGAACGUCUUACUUGGCUUCUCCAAUCCAUUCAAAGAAAGAUAGAGUUGGUCAGAGCUGACGCUUCUUUACCUGAGAAGAUAUGGUUCAAGCAACAAUUCUCAAUUGGGGUCAAUGAAGUUACUCGUGUCCUUGAACGCAUGGCCAUGCCUCACAACUCUACCUCAAAGAUUCAGCUUCAGGCAUUGCUUGUUGCUUCUGACACCAACCCCAGAUGGCUUACCAAGCAUCUCCCUAGCCUGGCCUUGUCAAGGAAGGUACCACUAUUCAUUCUCAAAGACAACAAACAAGCUUCCUUGAGAUUAGGUCAACUCGUCCACCUUAAGACUGCUAUUGUUAUUGGAAUUAAGGACAAACACAAUUCUAUCAACCAACUCUUUGCAGAAAUUCUUGCCAAUGAUUUCACAAAUGCAGAAACUCAAUAAGCUGUCAAGGACACAACACUAAUGUCAUACUCAUGUUUUUGAGAUUUUUGUAAUAUAAUUUUGUAGAUUAUUGCCAAGAACAAAAGGGGAUGCAACUUUACAUAUAAUUCUGUAGAUUAUUGCUCAAGUAUUAACUUUUUGUUUCCAAUCUA